AUAAAGAAGGCAUGUUUGCAGAAGAAUGUUAGGUGGAGGAUCUAGCUGUGAGUGAAGAUGGUUAGAAGGAAGACAACCCCUCCUGACCAGGGUGUGACAGUAUCUUGUCUACCCUGGGUUGGUAUCUGGACUCUUCUAUCCUUAACUCUCUGCCUUCCUGUCAUUCUUGGAAAUAGAGUAAUAAUCAACAUCGAUGGAAAUUGGAGUCCCUGGUCUACUAUGUCCUCCUCCUGUAAUGCCUCGUGUGGAGGAGGGGUGUUAACUAAAGUUAGAUCAUGUACUAACCCUAGACCACAGGGAUUGGAUGGAAAGGAUUGUACUGGGGAGAAAGAGCAGUAUUUUCCUUGUAACGAAGAGCCCUGUGAUAUGCAGUGGUCUACAUGGUCAGAAUGCAGUGCUAACUGUGGACGAGGAAUGGUUAUCAGAUUCACCCAAUGUGCAAAAGUGAGAAAUGGUCCGCUGUCUAAAUGCGAAGGAGAUCAGUAUUUUACUCACACCAAGAACUGUAAUAGCUGGAAUAAAAAGACGUGCCCGAGCCCUUGUGAAGGAUACGAAUGUAUGGAUUUUGGAGCCUGCAAGGAUGUGAGCACAGACGAGGAUCCAGCAGCGGUUUGUGAAUGUCAGAUGGGGAAGAUCUUCUCUGAUACAGGACUUGAAUGUGUUGACCCACCCCCAGCUACCCCGACCCCUCGACCUAUUCCUACAAUGGCUCCUGCUGUAAAGACCGUGAGUACAGGGAUGUCCAAGUCUGCGUCCACAAUACUCAUCAUUUUUGUGGGAAUCACACUGGCCCUGUUUGCAGCUCUUAGAGUAUUUGAUCCUGCCAGGGUAAUUCAAAUGAACAUGGAGAUAUCUCUGAUCAUGGCUCAUCUUGUUUAUCUUAUACCGGCGGAUUACUCUAUGAUUUGGUUUUGUCGAAUGAUUUCUAUUCUGAUUCACAUGUUCUACACAACUACAUUCGUCUUCAUGUUCCUAGAAGCUCUACACACAUACAGUUUGGUGGCGUUUGUCGUGAAGAAGGACGGUAUGAUGACCCGUAAACAGAAUGUGUUGACCGGGUGGGGAACUGGUAUAGGGGUUACAUUUAUUGUAGUUUCGCUUCAAUAUAAGAACUAUGGAGGCGAAUAUCAUUGUUGGCUACAGAUGGACACACCACUCAUGAUUGCUCAAUAUGUUCCAAUAAUAACCCUGGUUGUCCUCACUCUCACCCUGAUAGAAGCAGCCGGAGCUGCUGAUUAUAGGAAGCUGCCUGGCAUAGAUCAGAAGCAGCAAACAUCAGCUAAAAUCAUGCAGAGAUCUAAUCUAAUAAUAAUGCCGAUGGUUCUCUUCUCAUUCAUCAUCGGAACUAUGGCUGAGUAUGAACAGAAUUUUGGAUUAUACGGAACGUUUACUUUAAUCAAUGGAAUUCUUGGAGGAUCAAUUUUCUUUUUCCACUGUACAGGAAAUGAAACGGUUCGAGCAAAACUAGUGAAAGCCUACAAAACAAUAAUUAAGAAGGAAAAAUACUAAAAUGACAAGUGAUACUUUAUAUACAAAGUUUAAAUAUCACGAUUAUAAAGAUUUUGUUUUCAAAUUAGUUUUAUCAGAACAAGAUUGUUUUUGGUUAUUAUGAAAGUUUAUUUUUAUCGUAGGGCAGGCAGACAACCCUAGGUUCUUGUGUGAUCUUGAAAAUAAAUAAAUGUGUAAAAUGUUAUAAAAAUAUUCUCGCGUUGCUUUUAUUUAACAAAUAAAGUAUUUAUAAAGAACGGUGUUCAUUA